UCGUUGGCUGCGGUUGGCGUGCGGUUCUUAAUGUACGUCGCUGUGGCUGUCGCAUAACACCAAUAAGAUGCGGGUAAGCCGGCAGUGAAUAGCAGUGCACGCGCCAUAGCACAAAUCACACCAAUGGCUCGCUCAGCCACUCCAUUCUGGGACUGAUGAUAUGGCAAACUCUCUCUUGUCGUAUCUGGUUUGUCUCGCAGAAGUCUUUCCACUGGCCCUUGAUGAGCUCCGCCCCUCCAUCUGUCCUCACUGCCUUGGGCAUGCGGACUGCAAUGCAGUACUGGAUGAAUGCGGCAGGGGCGUCCGAUUUCUUCUUGAGGAAGUAAGUCUGCAGCCACCUUGAUGCAUCGUCGACCACCACCAUCAGAUACUUGUAUCCUCUCUCGCUUGGCUGCUUGAUCUGUGACAGGUCGACGUGGAUGAGAUCACCAGGGUGUUGGUGUCGAUACGCAUCUCCUGCAUACGGCAGUCGCUUCAUCUUGGCCUUCAAACACACUUCACACUUGGCCUUCUCGUCGUCACUGUUGUUCUCCUUCUUUGCCGUUGGUGCGUGUCUUGUCACUUCAGGUAGUUUCUUGAGGUAUCCAUCAUUGACGUGGGCAAAUCGCUGAUGCAAUCGCUCUUGUGUGACGACUUCCGCGACUAAUACGUCUGUUGUCAUCACAUCCGUCGGUUCUUCAUUGUCAUCGUCCACCGAUGGUGUGUGCGGCUGCUCCAUGACGUCAACCACUCGCUCAUCGGUCGCAUUCGGGCAGUCGGACGGGUCCUUGUAGAUGUUGAGGUACCAGAAUCGCCCUUCACGCAUCAAUGGGUACAUAUCUCCUCUCCUUGCCUUCAGGAACGCAGCGCCAUGAUCAAUCUCGAGCUUGACGUUGUAAUCGUCGAUAAGGUGAGCAAGAGAAAGCAGGUUGAACUUGAGCUUGGGCACAUACAGCACGUUGUCCACCAUGACCUUCUUCUUGCCUUUGUUGAUCUCUCCACAGGUAAACUUGAUGCAGCCGACACCCAUUGCUGGUGCGGUUGAUCCAUUCGCCAUGAUGACGUUGAUGUCGUGGUCAAGUGGCUUGAUUUCGUCGAAGAGCUGCUCCUCAAAACAGCAUGAUCGCGCUGCUCCAGUGUCCAUCAUCAUUGCCGCAGGUGAGAUGAACACACACCAUUCACGUGCACCACCUCAUCAGCCAGUUCUUCUAUCUCGAC